GUUCAGCGGAGAGUGCACUGCCACAGGUUGGGGAUUGACCCAAGGUACCGGUGACAAAACUGUACUUAGAGAAGUGACCGUACCCGUAUACGACACCAAGACUUGUCUCAAGUACUGGCCUGGCAAGGUGUCCGACAGACAGAUCUGCAUGGGACGUGUACCCCCAGCACCACGACAGACCGCCUGCAGAGGUGAUUCUGGCGGUCCUCUCGUCUGCAAGAAGGAAGGACGCUGGAUACUUGCUGGUGUGACGUCAUGGGGUACAAGAGAGUGUAUCGGACGCCCAGCAGUCUACACUAGAGUCUCUGAAUAUAUCGACUGGAUCCAACAAAAUAAGAAAUAAACGAAUUAUAUAGCCUAUAAACCUACACUUUGUUGCUGUAAAACCUGCUUGGUAGAUAG